AUAAAUUACCGCACACAGAACAAGCCUCACACACAUCACGGAGUCUGGACUCAACUCAGCAUAUGGUGAACAUGUGGAAGUUUCUGGUCUUCAUCGCGGCUGUGGUCGUCUGGCCGGACUCGGCACAAGGUCAACGCGAGUACCUGACCACUGUCGACGGAUGGUCUUUUUUCAAAGUUCGCACGGCUGGCUCAAUGUCUAAUAUGAAGGUCAAGGCCACUUGCGAGGCGAUUGGGAUGAGAUACCCGUGCCACAUGUCAGGUAGGGAAGGGUGUACCCGCUACUGGACCUCAGGCUGCAUCACGUAUGACGACGCCGGUGUCAGCUGUUAUACCCACUUGGUCCUGUCGGCAAACCUGUGUGGAACUACUGACUAUCGGUACUGUCAGCCCCUUGAUGACACCUUUGUGAACCUCCCUGGCUACUGGAGUGAUGACAGCGCCUGGGGAGUGGACUACGAGACCCACACCUUGGAACUGCAGGGAGCGAACUACAACAACAUGUACGCCCUGUGUGCAGAUAUUGACGACUGUGCGUCCUCUCCGUGUGUACACGGAACCUGUACUGACGGCGUGGCGAGUUACACCUGUAGCUGUGAGAACGGCUGGACAGGGAACAACUGCGAUCAGGACAUUGACGAAUGUGCAUCCUCCCCAUGUGCACACGGAACCUGUACUGGCGGCGUGGCGAGUUACACCUGUAGCUGUGAGAACGGCUGGACAGGGACCAACUGUGAUCAAGACAUUGACGACUGCUUGUCCUCCCCAUGUGCACACGGAAGCUGUACUGACGGCGUGGCGAGUUACACCUGUAGCUGUGAGAACGGCUGGACAGGGAACAACUGUGAUCAAGAUAUCGACGAGUGCGCGAGCAAUCCUUGCUGGCUGGGAGGAACCUGUCUGGAUCACGUGAACGGCUACAGCUGUGUCUGUCCUAAGGACAAGACGGGAAAACACUGUGAAACUGGGCUUUUUGACGGAGAAUGUUACGAGUUCUCAACCGUGGCCGCUUCCCACCGUGACGCGACCCUGGCCUGCAGUACCAAUGCCGGCCGCCUGGUGGACGUGAAGGACGACCAGCUGCAGCGUUUCCUGGCUGACAAGAUGGCGGCCACCAGCGGCGUGUCCAACUGGCUGGCGAUGAGAAGUGCCCCGCUGCAGGUCUACUACAGCGACGGGUCUCAGAGUUCUGGUUCCCUUCAGUGGUUGGCAGAAGAACCGUCGUCCCCUCUGGACCUGUGUGUUCUCCUGGACAGCUCCAACAACUACAUGGCAAGGACUGCUUUCUGUACGGAGCAACACAACUACGUCUGCCAGUCUGAUAUAAAAUCGUGUGAACCGAACGUAUGUCAGAACGGCGGAAACUGCACCUCCUGCUUCAACGGGUCUGCCAACUUCUGCCGGUGUCCUGAUGGGUUCGAUGGAAGGGCGUGUGAAAUCGACAUCGACGAGUGCGCCUCCAAUCCGUGCCAAAAUGGCGGCAGUUGUGAUGACGGCAUCAACUCCUACAGCUGCCGCUGUCUGACUGUGUUCCAGGGCGUCAACUGUGAAACAGCCCCAGACUGGUGCUCCCAAAACCAGUGCCCGUUUGGCUGGACAUGCGUGGAUCACACCUUUUACUUCUCAUGUGAUGAUCCGGCUCAGGCCAAAAGGAUGGCCCCCUACCAGUGCAGCAGCGCCUCCUGUCCGGACGGCAUGUACUGCACCGAGGAGGGAGCGUCAUCCUUCUCGUGCAGGGUUGAGUGA